ACGCACCACGACAACCAGAGUCAACUGCUUUGCGAAUUGCUGCCAAGGUUCCGCAACUCUGUUUCUGGCACCGACCGUCAUUACGGGAGAAUUUUUCUUAUCAUUUCUUCUUCUGAGCUUCAUUUGAUUCGCAUCGAUUCAACCACCUUGCGGUCGAUAGCUCACCAUGGCGCUUCGCACGAUUAAACUCGAUAUUAAUUACGAGGGCCAGCAGAAGGCUUUCGAGGCGUUCUUCAAAACCUUCAAGGCAACCCCCGAGCAGGCACUGACCAGCGCAAUUGGCAGCAUUUCCAUUGACGAAGACGGCCUGAGCGAUGAAUAUGACUUCAUGGACGAGGAUGACGAGACGGGCGAGCGCCGCCGUCAGGCAAAGCAGCAAGGACCCCAAUACAAGUACAAGCAAAAGCUCCAAGAUCUCGCCGAUCGCAAAACCGACGAAAUCACUGUCGACCUAGACGAUGUCGCUGCCUGGGAAGAGCAAGUCGGCGACGAAGGUCUACACCUUCUGGACUCAGUCAUGCUAAACACCAAGCACUACGUUGAUGUCGUCUCCAAGGCUGUCGAUAACGCCAUGCCUGCGCCUAGCUCCGAUGUCAGCUUCAAAGACGACGUUCUCGAUGUUCUGAUGGCUCGUAGACAAGCCCGCAACCAGGAGCUGGAAGCAGCCGCCGAGAGAGAUCCCACGCUUGCCGACGACCAGUUCCCUGCCGAACUUACGCGCCGAUACACACUCUCCUUCAAGCCACCAACCAACACAGAAAACAGUGCUUCAAAGCCGAUGGCUGUUCGCCACGUCCGUGGCGAGAACCUCGGCCACCUUAUUACUGUUCGCUCCAUCGUCACUCGUGUUUCUGAUGUCAAGCCCAUCGUCCAAGUCAGCGCAUACACUUGCGACCGCUGCGGUUGUGAAAUCUUCCAGCCCGUCACUGACAAGCAGUAUGGUCCAUUGACGAUGUGUCCCUCCGAGGACUGCAAGCAGAAUCAGUCCAAGGGACAGCUCAACCCCUCCACCAGAGCAUCCAAGUUCCUCCCUUUCCAAGAGGUCAAGGUCCAGGAAAUGGCUGAGCAGGUCCCUAUUGGUCAGAUCCCUCGCUCACUGACCGUUCUAUGCCACGGCAGUCUCGUCCGCCAGGUCAACCCUGGUGACGUUGUCGAUAUCUCGGGUGUUUUCCUACCCACACCGUACACUGGCUUUCAGGCUAUGAAGGCUGGGCUCCUCACGGAUACGUACUUGGAGGCACACUACAUUCGCCAGCACAAGAAGGCUUACAGCGAGAUGAUUAUCGAUCCUCUUCUCGUUCGCCGUAUUGAUAAAUACAGACAGAGCGGACAGGUAUACGAGCUGUUGGCCAAGUCUAUUGCCCCCGAAAUCUUCGGCCACCUGGAUGUCAAGAAGGCCCUCCUGCUCCUCCUUAUUGGUGGUGUUACCAAGGAGAUGGGUGACGGUAUGAAGAUCCGUGGUGAUAUCAACAUUUGCAUGAUGGGUGACCCUGGUGUUGCCAAGUCGCAGUUGCUCAAGUAUAUUUCCAAGGUCGCCCCUCGUGGUGUCUACACCUCUGGCCGAGGUAGCAGUGGUGUCGGUUUGACCGCCGCCGUCAUGCGUGACCCUGUGACCGAUGAGAUGGUUCUCGAAGGUGGUGCACUGGUCCUUGCUGAUAACGGUAUCUGCUGUAUCGAUGAAUUUGACAAGAUGGACGACAACGAUCGUACUGCCAUUCACGAAGUCAUGGAACAGCAAACCAUUUCCAUCUCCAAGGCUGGCAUUUCCACCACUCUCAACGCCAGAACGUCCAUCCUUGCUGCUGCUAACCCUGUCUACGGUCGCUACAACCCUCGUCUCUCUCCCGUAGAGAACAUCAACCUACCCGCAGCCCUGCUCUCUCGUUUCGAUAUCAUGUUCUUGUUGCUCGACACACCGUCUCGCGACUCGGAUGAGCAGCUCGCCAAGCACGUUGCUUACGUCCACAUGCACAACCGCCACCCAGACAUUGGCACAGACAACGUUGUCUUCAGCCCCCACGAGGUUCGCUCGUACGUUGCUCAAGCUAGAACAUUCCGCCCCGUUGUUCCUGAGUCUGUUUCCGAAUACAUGAUUCGAACAUACGUGCGUCUUCGAGACCAGCAGCAGCGCGCCGAAAAGAAGGGCAAGCAGUUCACUCACACAACGCCUCGUACUCUUCUUGGUGUUGUUCGUCUGGCACAGGCUUUGGCCCGUCUCCGCUUCAGCAAUGAGGUUACGCAAGACGAUGUUGACGAGGCUCUCCGCCUGAUCGAGGCCAGCAAGGAGAGCUUGAACUACGAGGUUGGAAACGGUCGCCGUGGCCUCAACCCCAGCAGCAAGAUCUACAACAUGGUCAAGGCCCUGGCUGAUUCCGGUGCUUGCCGUGCUGACGACGUCGAAGACGACGAACUUGGCAUUGAGCUCAACAUGAGAAAGGUCAGGGAGAGAGUUCUUGCCAAGGGUUUCACAGAAGACCAGUGGCUUAACGCAUUGGACGAGUACACCACUCUUGACGUGUGGCAAACUGCUGGCAAUGGUACCAGACUGGUCUUUGUUACUGCUGGUAACGAGGAGGGCAUGGAUGAUUAGAAAAAAUAAACUUCAUCGCAUGAUUCGCAUUGCUUAGGGAGGGGCUGUGGCGUUUUUGGACAUGAUUGAACUCUGGGAUCGGGAAUGAUUGUUGUAACACUUUGCUGGUCUUAUCUAUGUUUCUCUUUUCUUUUUUCUUUUUUCUAUGUUUCUGCUAAUACAACAUUGAAUGAAUAAUGUCAUUUCUUCAUCACACAUCUCCAAGUAGAAAGGGAACAAUCUUUGUAAGGGAAAAAAGCGAUUGUAUUCCGAGUUCAGAUAAUGUUACGGGGAUAUAAUACAGGUUUCUUUUAGGGCUACAAGAUAGUGAAGCCACCUAGUUUUUACAUGUGCAUUGUCCUCAAUGCAGCUCUCUCCAGCUCGCCGACAUUACCGUGUCCAGCGAGACUCCAUUUCUCCUUGACCAAGUUUGACGUAAUAGCGCUACGAAGGAGGCCGCUGGCACCCCAGUACUCCAUCAAUGUUGUGGUCUCGGGGACAGACAUGCCCUCAAUACGCAUAACAUGGACGUUCUUGAGCGACUCAUACACACGUUCGUCGUAUUUGCGCUCGUAUGGGUCGGGUGUCGGGAUUUCAUCCUUCUUGCCAGCUUGUCCGGCUUCCAGUUGAGCAAGGACGAGCUCUUGGGAAGGGUGGCGGUGGUUGUUGUUACCAGAGGUGGCCGCGAUGAUAGCACCACCAUUGGGAAGCUUGGUUUUGCCAGCGAGGGCAUCAACGAACAUGCGGACAACGACAAGGUCGUGGGCGUGAACAGGCUCGAACUCGGGGCUGCGGUAGUCGCUCAUCAUGUUGAUGUGUGAAACACCGUCGAGGCAGAACAAGACGGGUGGGCGACCGGGAAGAGUCAAUUCCUUCCAGAGGGCUUGAAGAGAUGGCCAAGCGGCAUCACCUUCCUUGGCGUUGACAAUGAGAUCUGCCAAACUAGCACCCUCCUUCAGAUUUCCAACAAAUGAGGACUUUUCCUGAACUGGCAGGCUAGAAAGGACCUUCUUGUUGGCCUUGAGGAUGUUCUGGAGCAGCUUGAUAAUAUAUACAGGCUGAGAGUAUUGCAUCGGCUGUGAGUCGGGGAUCGGGCUGUAUUCGGUGUUGCCGUUGGUGAGAUCCUGGCCUAUAUAUAUCUGUUAGUUUGCUUUGCUACAGUCAACAUGGGUUGGGAUCGUAUACGCACCCUCAGGUAUGCUGACGACGACCCAUUCGUUCAGGAGCGCAUGGCUCAUUGCCUGCAGCAUGGCAAGACUCUUGCCUGAUAGACGACUGCCAGUCAAUACAAUCUUGGCGGCCUUCUUGGAGGCUUUGGAGUCCUCUAAUUGUUGAAUAAGCUUCGCUGUCUCUUCGCGAACAAGAACAUGGGGGGCGCGGAAUAGAUUCCAGGCCUGUGUAGUCUUGAACGCCUCCAAGGCUCGCAAUUGGUCCACCACAGCAUCAGAAAGUCCAAACACUUUGCCAAUGUUCUCCUUUUGUGACAUUGUCGUGCUUUCCAGCUUCUCGAGACCCUCGACAGGCAACGCGCUAUUGUUGCUCAGCUGGAUUCUCUUGCGGAAGGCCUUGCGCUCUCCGGGGUUGGGCUUUUUCACCGGGGCAGCGGUAGCCUUCUUCUUGUAGUUCUUCUUGACCUUUCUCGGAAGAUCUCUUCGGCUCUUGACUGAUGGAGCAGCGGAGGCGGCGGCGGCUCGAGUGGUUGAGAAGGGGGCGGCGGCGACAAAGAUGGGCUGGAUGCGCGGCGCCAUGGGAAUCGUCGGGCGUAGGAGCACCCUUAGAGAAUUGACGGUGGCCAUUAUAAUAGUCGACACAAUUGAUGUGUCUGAUUAGCCGCAGGGAAUUGGAUUGGGUGG